UUUCAGUCUAAGCAGUUGAAUUACUCUCUCUCUCUCUCACUGUGUUCUUUGAGCUCUGCUUCAAUGGCGUCUCUCUCAGCCACUUGUCUCACCUUCAAAGCUUCAUCGAUGCAACCCGACAGGAUCUCCAAGGUGUUGGAGAAAACCUUGAUAUUUCGGUCCGUCUCCUUUGGCUUCACAAAGGGUUGUUGUUUCCCGUCUUCGAAGAAUCUCCGUCUUCAAGUCUCUUCCGCUGCAAAGGCGGAGACGGUGCAGAGAGUGUGUGAUAUCGUAAGGGAGCAACUCGCUUUGCCCGCUGACUCCCAGCUCACUCCCGAAUCCAAAUUCUCAGCCCUUGGCGCUGAUUCCCUUGACACUGUGGAGAUAGUGAUGACUUUGGAGGAACAGUUUGAGAUAAGUGUGGAUGAGUCUGAUGCUCAGGACAUUACUACGAUCCAAGAAGCCGCUGAUUUGAUAGAGCAGUUGGCCGAGAAGAAACCCGAAGCAAGCUGAUCAAUCAAUCACCGGUUUAGCCAAACCGGGAAAUUGAACCGACUGAUUCUAGUAUUCAAUGAUGAUGAUUCUCUGUGAGACAAUACAUGGAAUCGCUUGGAUCAUAGCAAUCCCUUUCUUUGCAUAA